AUGUCAAAGAUCUUCCGCUCUUCAUCAUUUCAGCGCGUUGCGAAGGUGUUCAAGCGGCGGGGCAAGAAGGACGAGACAAACGCCGCCGACGCCGAGCCCGAUGCUGUAUUUCGGACCGACUCUGAAAUCGUGCGCGAGGCAGCUCACGUCUCGGCGGCAAAGUCGAGGAGGUUGAGUGGUGAGGGAUCAAAGCUGCGAUCCUCAACUCACAGCGUCCCAAUGACGCGGACGGAGCAGCUGCGCCGGUCAAAGGAGGAACCUGCGCCUCCCGCGCCGUCCGCGCCCGCUGAGACAGCAGAGGCAGAGCCGCCAGCCGUGGAGGCAAUAGAAGCAGAGCCAGCUAGUGGCUGGGCGGACGAUUACCACCCAUCCUCUCGUCAGUCUUCAAUGGAGGCCACUGCGGACGCAGCGGCGCUGCCGUCCGUGGCGGAGGCGAAUGCAGAGGUGCAGCCGCCGACCGAGGCGGCAGCGGCAGUGGAUGCCUCAGACGAACACGCGGAGGAGGAGCUUGUGGCGCUGGCAGAGCCCCAGCCGGGCACGCCCGAGGAGGCAGAGGAGACGGCGCUGGAGCCGACACCGGGGCCUGGGCUAGAGCCAAUGCCGGAAGCGGAGUUGACGUUGGAGAAUGAGCCCGCCACGGCGCCAGAGCAGCCUGCGCCAGCUCUGGAGCCCGAGGCUCCGGAGCUGGAGUUGGAGGCGGCGGCUGCACCGCGCGUGGCGCCGCCGACGCCGGCCCAGUCUGCAGAGUUUGUUGAGGUCGCAGAUCCGGAGCACGCACCGGGCGACGAUGACGCAGCUGGCGGCGACGACGCCGGCGGCAAGGCUGCAGGGGCCGCCACGAGUGCGGCGGACGAUGAGGGGGACCCACCCGUCGACCCAGCACACGCAGAGUACCUUCGCAUGGCGGCGGCCGAGGCGGCGGCCGAGCCAAGUCUCUUCGAUCUGAUGCAGCGCUUCCAACGCUCGGUCUCCAACGUGCUGCUCUCGCCGCGGGUCGUGCGUUGCCUCGGGGUGGAGGCGCCGCCGUCGCCAGCGAAGUCACCCUCAAAAUCGCCCGUGAAGGCCGCACAGCAGGCGGUGGCGCCCUCCACGGAGCCCGAGGUCUCACUCGUGCCGGCUGCUGCUGCAAGCGAGCUUGCGGCAGUCGAGACGCCCUCGCCCCCCCCGACACGCCGCUCGUCCAUUUUCUCCCAAGCCUCGGAGGACGCGCUGACAGGCCGGCAAAAGGCGUUGUACAAAGACUUGUCGGACCUCAAGGCGGAGGCGCGCGAGUACGCGGAGGUUGCCUGGCAGCGCGCAAGCCGCGCAUCGCGUGCAAGCCACGCCCGUGCCGAUUCGUGGCUCAACCAAGAGUCCAGCGAAUCCGUCCUUGGCUGA